UGAAUGUGUCUGAUCUCAAAACUGUAACUGUACUGGGCGCACUUAAGCGCGCAUUAUUUGUUUUGGUUUUGGAUUGAGUUCAAAUAUUUUAAUUCAUUGCUUACUAAAUGUAACAUUUUAUCUUUCUUAUUGUGAUAUAACACAUUUAUGAGUAUGGAUCCUUCUGAACUUGAAUUUCUUGCUGAAAAGGAAACUGUAACGGUGAUACCUAAUUUCGCUCAUGGUAAAUUGUGUUUGAUCCGAGGUGACGUCGGACCCUUUACACCUAGUAUACCAGUUCAAGUCCCACUUUGGAUGGCUGUGAAUUUACGCCAACGACAGAAAUGUCGAAUAUUACCACCAGAUUGGUUGUGUGUUGAAAAAUUAGAAGAAAUCAAACAAGAAGAAAUGGAUUCAGCUUUUUUUACACCUAUGCCCAGCGAACAUUACAAAGAAAUAACACGAUUGUUAUUUGAUGUUGCAGUACCUGAUAUACCAAACGCAGAUGAAAUACAAACACUUAUUAAGGAUAUUUGGGAUAUAAGAAUGGCAAAAUUGCGCAGCUCCGUUGAUACUUUUAUUAAGAGUGGUGAAUCGCAUGCUCAAGUUGACAAUUUGACUGUUUUUGAGAUAAAUUUCGUUCGACCACUUCUUACCACUGCAUUGUAUCAACUACAGAAAUUUAAGCGGGCUGCGGCAUCUGCAUCUCAAAAUGACAGUCAAUCUCAAUCAGGAAGUUUUCUUUAAAAUUCCUGGAAAUUGUAUUUUUUAUACAAUACAUCAUGCAAAUAAUAAAUUUAUUUUUCCCCCUUUAGAUGAGAAAGUACAAAAAUGUAUACCUUCUACCUGAGCAUGUCAGAUAUGUAAAUGUAUCCAUUCUUCAUUUUUGAAAUUAUUUAAGAAACCUGCAGUUGUAACAGAAUUAUUUUUAUAUUAAAGUGUCUUUUACAAAUUUAUUAAAUUUUUGCUAUUUAUAUAUCUUAAUGUGGUUUAUCAGUUGCAAUGAAACUUCCCAAAUUAUCGUAGAAAAUUUUAACUUUUGAAUUCUUAUGAGUUUGAGUGAUCAUCAACUCACUCUAGGUUUGUUGUUUUCUUUUGCUUUAAUUAAUAAUAUCAAAGCACUUGAAUAUAAAAUGCUCACUGCUCAAAAUGUAUCUAUCUAUCUCUCUCUCUAUAUAUAUUUGCUACUAUUUUUGCAGAUGAAAAUCCUUAAUUGUGCUUUUUUUUAAAUAAUUAACCUCAUUCUUAAUUUCAACUUUUUUUUUUUGUUGAACGUUUCAUCUCUUUUUCAGUUAUAUUUCUGAUUGAGUGACAAAUGUUACGGGUGAUAUAUCAAAAGAAUCAGAAUUUCAUAGAAUCUUUUUAGAUAAUGAUUAAUUUGUUCCGUUUUUUUUUCUCCAUCUAAUGUAAAUUUUUUAAUGAAACUAAAAGUUUUUAUAUCGAUGAAUACUUCAACAAAUGACCAAUUAAGGCUAGUAUGGAAGCAAUAUUCAUGAUUAAUUAAUAUUAUAUAAUUGGAAAAACAACAACUUAAUGAAUAAUGUGCCAGUACUCAUAUUAACCAAGUGCCAAUGGUUUAUUUUAAUUUAACUAUAUGUUAUUUGCAAACUUUUGGUUUAAUUGCAUGACUUUGUUGAACUUUAAGGUUCAAUCACAUUAUACUGAUUUAAGGUUCAUAUCACAUAUCACUUGCAUACAUAGUUGGAUUUUAGAGAUGUUUAAUAUGGCAUCUUAGACAUUUAAUUGCUGGUUGGAUUAAAUAUGACAUUUGUUUUUGCAUUUAAUUUCUGGCAUUUAGAUAAUAAUAUAAGUAUUAUGUUGCCAAGUAGGGAAAAAAAAAAAAAAAAAA